AUGUCUGAGAAAAAAAUCUCGGCCUCGGAAUCUUCGCCGAUCGCGUCCACGGCUGCUAAGAAGUCUGAAAUUUUCAGAUUCAAUGCUUCCUAUAUAGCCAUUCUACACACCAUUACGGCGUACUCAGCCUUCAUUGCUGCAUUGAUCGUGGGAACAUGGCUUCAUUACCAUAAGAUUGUCCAGAACUCGUCGUUCGGCUAUCCUGACGAGUGGUUCCCUUCUGUCUCGGCUACAAUCGGCGAUAGAUACCCAGAAAGGUCGAUUUUCCAGGUUCUCAUCGCAGUUACAGCUGGCCCUCGAUUUCUUCUUUUGAUCUUUGAUUUCAUCAACCUUUACAGGAAAGGAUCCGUGCUACCAUACAUUGGCUUUUUCUCGGGUCUUCUUCGUACCUUCACCUGCGGUGGAUGGGUGUACAUCACAUCAACAGACGAUCACGACUGGCACGAUAUCUUCAUGAUCAGCUACAUCGUCUUGACCAUUCCAUGGACCGUUUGCAUCACUAUAUUGUCUAAGCCAGGCUCAUUUGAACGCCAAGGACGUUUCUAUACCCUGACGUCGUUUUUCGCUAUGCUCGUGCCUCUUGUCUACUGGUUCAUUCAACAUAAAGUCCAUGUGAGACCUGGGGCCUAUUCCAUUUAUGCCUACUUCGAAUGGGCAUUGAUUUUGCUCGAUGUAGGUUUUGAUGCUUGGUCUAUUGUAGACUUCAAUAAUAUUGACAUUGCCAUCUCUGGUCAAGGCAUUGAGCUCACUGGUGCUAAACCCAAGACUGCCGUAGACAAGAAGAAACAAGACGAGUUGCUCCACGAUGAGUUCACCGAUUUCGAGUUCUAUAUCUCCAGCAUUAAUGCGUUUGUCUUCUGGUCAGUAGUCACUUCUUUAUUUUUGUGUGUUUGGUACUUUCCCUUGUGGCAUAUGGGUAUCUCUGGCUAUGAGGCUGCGGUUUUCUCUCUCUUUUUGUCUCCCGCCAUCUUGAUUAUCCCCUUUGUAAGAAACUUCAUUUCCAACUACCCACUGCUCACGAAAACCUUAACGGUGUUGUUGGGUAUUGGUGCUUACAAAGUUCACGAACCUGAAAACAGACUCCUCACCAUCACUGCUGGUACUUCAUUUGCCAUAGUAUCUUUAGUGGUAGACGUCUGGUCACUCUCUAACCAACCAAAGAAGUUUAACUCCUACAUUAUCUCCAUCUUGAUUGGUUUGUUGGGCACUUCAGUAUUCAAGUUCUUGUGCUUUUCCAACAACCCAAUUUGGCCCAUUAUGCACAAGGAAAACGGUGGUUACAACGAAGUGGGAAUCUUUGUAGGUUUGAUAGGUGCAUUCUUUACUCCGCAGCUUCAUCUGAUAAACUCUACAACUCAUAAUGUGAAGAGAGCUGGUGGAUCGUUCUUCCUUGCUGCUUUGGGAAUUGGUGGUUACUUCUUCUCCAUCGAAUCUUACUUGAGUGACACAUCUACGUUGGCACUCUGGACUUGGGAAGGAUACCCAGUAAAGGGACCUCUUCCCGUUACUGGUGCUCUUUUCAAUAUUGGAGCGGUUGUUUUAGGUGUUCUCGCGGCCAUUUCAAUCCCAUCUAAGUUUUUCAGCAACAAGUUCUACAACUGGUUCAUUGGUGGCGGUAGUGCAUUUGUUCUCUACUAUUACAAGGGCUGGACUGGGUAUGCUGGAGCUACUGUAUAUUCAUUUUACUUGACUUCUAUUGCUCCAUUGAUUUGGCAGUCUUCUAUUGGCUAUAACCCAAGCUUGUUGUUCUUUGUAGGCUUCUUCGUUCACGUCUUCCUCGGCUUGGCUAGUACGUGGAUUGUUGCAUAUGCUUUCGUUCCAGGUGGACCAUUAUUGAGAGAGAGAACUGAUAUCAUCUUGGGAACAUCCUUUGUUCUGAUCUUAGCUGGAAUUUGGAAUUACAACUUGAGGCGUCGUAGUGGUGAAGCUGUCAAGAUUGACUUCCAUGGUAAGAAAUUGUUUAGACAGGCUUGGACAAUCUUGACUGUUUUGUUAGCUAUUUCUAUUUCUGCUUUCUUCCAAAGAUAUGCUGUUGAAUCAUUCAAGCCAUAUAAUGCCGAGUCUAAAUCGUUUACCACUGGUAUCUGGUGUGUUCAUUUUGGUUUGGAUAACGACAUGUGGUCCAGUGAAGUCAGAAUGAGAGAUUUGAUCAGAGAUGCUGAGAUCGAUAUCAUUGGUUUACUUGAAACUGACACCCAAAGAUUGAUUGGGGGCAAUCGAGACUUCACCCAAAGGAUUGCUGAAGAUUUGGGAAUGUAUGCCGACUACGGCCCCGGACCCAACAAGCACACCUGGGGAGCUGCCUUACUUUCGAAGUUCCCAAUCAUCGAGUCUAGUCAUCAUUUGUUGCCAUCUCCUGUAGGCGAACUUGCUCCGGCUAUCCAUGCCACUUUGGAUAUUUAUGGUGAGUUAGUUGACGUAGUUGUUUUCCAUUCUGGUCAGGAAGAGGACGUGGAAGAUCGUCGACUUCAAAGUUUGGGUAUUCAAGAAAUCAUGGGUAACUCCACAAGGCCUUUGGUGUUAUUGAGUUACUUGGUGACCACUCCUUUGGAAGGUAAUUAUAAUACCUAUGUCAGUGAGAAAUCGAGAAUGUACGAUAUCGACAACUCUGACUGGGAUAGAUGGUGUGAAUACAUUUUGUUCAGAGAAUUGAAGAAGGUUGCCUACGCUAGAAUUUCUCGAUCCACCAUUACUGACACUGAAUUGCAAGUGGCUAAAUUCAAAUUGUUAACCAACGAAGAAAAGCAAGAAAUUGACGAACCUUUCUUGUACGGUAACAACUACGUCAAUGAAGAUGAGAUUGACCAAAAUUUGCGUAUGCCUCAAAUUUUCAGAGGUGAUGGUGUUAGAGGUCACAGAUAUCAUGUCUUUGACGAGCCGCGUUACUUUGCCCAAGAAAAGAAUUGA